AUGAGCAAAGAAAUUCCUUAUUCGCUGUUAGAUUUGAAGGAAUUUCGUUUCGAAGACCGAUAUUAUGUGAAGCAGAAGCUAGGAGAUGGUAGCUUUGGCACUGUGUAUCUGGCAAAAAGCAAAGGAAAGCAGGGUCACGGGCAAAUAGUUGCCGUCAAGAAGCUGAAGACCAGCAAUAAACCAAAGCCGAAACAUGAGUUACUGAAACUUCGAGAGUCGUUGGUACUUCGACAAAUAUCAAAACAUCCAGGCCUAAUCGACUUAUUGGAGACAUUUAUGGAUCCUAACAGAAACAUCUAUUUAGUAAUGGAGUGUAUGGAAGCAAAUCUAUAUCAAAUUCUGAAGCGAAGACAAGGAAAACCAUUCACAAAGUACACGGCGUGUCAUAUUCUAAAUCAGAUUAUUCGAGGAAUUGAGCAUAUACACACGCAUGGAUUUAUGCAUAGAGACGUAAAGCCUGAGAAUAUUUUGGUUAAGAAACUUACAGAUCGACCAGUGUUUUCAAGGUAUAGUGUCAAAAUUGCAGACUUCGGAUUAGCCCGAUCUUCUACUUCGAGUGAUCCAUUGACUGAGUAUGUAUCUACCCGUUGGUAUCGUGCACCAGAGCUUUUACUCAGAGCAAAAGAUUAUGGAAAGGCGGUUGAUAUGUAUGCUUUCGGUUGCAUCAGUUUUGAAGUUUUUACCUUGAAGCCUCUAUUCCCUGGAAGAAAUGAGACAGACCAGCUCGACAGGAUUUGUGAAAUUCUUGGAAACCCUCUCUUGGAUGACAAAGACAAACUGCACUACUGGCCCUCUGCUAGAGAUUUAGCUGCUAAGCUUGGAUUCUCCUUUUCUGUGACGAAGCCAUAUCCAAUAAGGAAAUUACUUCCAGUAAGCUGUGAAGACAAGUAUGCUGAAAUGAUCGCGCUACUCUUAGCAUGGGAUCCGUUUGUUCGCCCCACUGCAAUAUUAUGCAAAGAGAGAUACUUUCCCAAAGUUCCUGAACUGCCAAGCAGUCAACACGAAGUAAAGCUAAAAUCAGAAAAACUGACCAAACCUGUAAGCUUGAAGAAUGCUGCAUCUGUAAAACCUAUCCUAGACAAAAAGCAAGAAAAAAGGGUCAGCUGGUUCAAAAAGAACUUAUCUAGCUUUACAAAUGCAGUGAAAAAUGCAUUACCUGAUGCUCCACCGUCUCAUCUUCCUCGAAAACCAAUAAAGCUAUAUAGUGAUGAGAAAGUAGAUCAUCCGUCUCAUCCUUUACUGAGUGAAAAAAUGAACUCAAAUGAGAGUCCUUCCGAAGUAAAACAUCCUGAAGCGUUGUCUUAUGAGCUUGUUGAAAACUGCUUAUUGCCGUCUUAUGAACAUCAGUCUUCUUCUCAUUUGAUGCCUCAAAAAGCAACUCACUCUAAUUUGCAAGUUGUACCUGGAGUUUUGAAUGAUAGCCUUCCUGCUAAGUCUCAGAAAAUUAUUAAUCCUAUACCUAAAAGAAUUGAAAACCGAGCUGGUGAAGAGUUGAGUUCGCCUAAAGCCGCUCUUUCCUAUGACAAUCAGCUGAAUAAGGCUCCACUCACAUUGAAUUUAACAUCUAGCAGCAACUUCAAGCUUUCUUCUGACUUCAACAACGUUAUUGAUGGCUCAAAAGAUGUUGAUACACCGAGCCUCAAAAUCAUAGGUAUUAAUCAUAGUUUAAUUCCUAGACCCGUUCGUCAAAAUUAUGGUGCUCAAGGCUUCCGAACUUCGAGAUCAAUCAGUUGUCAAGCUUACUCAAAGUUGAUGGUAUACGAUACUUCAUCACCGGUUAAGAUUAAUCGCUCUACUUCUGAAGGAUUUUCUAAAGGCUAAACAAAUACUGUUCAAGAAUGAGCAAAUUUGCAAAUCAUUAAUGACAAAACUAAGAAUAAACAGCAGCAUUUGAUGAUAUAUGAUAUUAUUUCACAUUCAAUAGUGGUCACAGUGGUUUCCACAGUUUAUCUCAUUCAUUCUCAGUUGUUGUUGUUAACAGAGGUUUAACUAUUUCAUCGCAAUUAAAUAGUUUCAUUACAUUCUACAUGAUACUAGCAUCAGUUGCUUACUUAAA